AUGUCCAACGUGCACCUCUCCGGCGCCGCCGCCCUGGAGCGCCUCUCCGCCCGGCGAGCCCUGGCCGGGCACGGCCGCAGCCCCGUCUGCAGGAGCCUCUUCGGGCCGGUGGACCACGAGGAGCUGGGCCGGGAGCUGCGGAGCCGCCUGCGGGAGAUGGGGGAGGACGACCAGCGCCGCUGGGACUACAACUUCCACACCGACACGCCGCUGCCGGGGCCCGGCCGCCUGCGCUGGGAGGAGGUGGAGGGCGGCGCCGUGCCCGCUUUCUACCGGGAGACGCUGCAGGUGGGGCGGCGCCGCGUCCCCCUCCGCCGGGCGCCCCCCUCCCCGCCGCCGCCGCCCCCCCCCCGCCGCCGGCAAGGGGCCCGGGGGGCGCCUGAGCCGGGAGAACCGCGCCGCGCCCCGCCGCCGCGGCAUGCGGCUCCGCCGGAGGGGCCCGACCGCCCGCAUCACAGGUGCGUGGGGGGUGCGGGGGGGGCCGGGGGGGCGGUGGGCGUCCCGCCGCAGCGGCUGACGGCCCCCCCCCCCCUCUCCGUCCGCCAUCCAGAUUUCUUCGCGAGGAGGAAAAGGCCGGCGGAGCCCAAGGCGGCGGCGGAGCGCCCCGCCGGCUGCCCGCCGCCCCCCGCCGCCGUGCCGGCUGAGCAGACCCCCCGCAAGCGGCUCCGGUGA